CUUUACUCUAUACAUCUGUCUCACUCAUUGUUUUGAUUGAGCGUCUCAUAACACAAAACGUUUCAUUGCAUUCUAAAUCGCUCAAAAUCCGUUUAAACUCAAUAAACAAUAAUUUUUUAUCGUUUAUAUGCAGUUUUAAUCCUAAAAGUGUCGGUAAGGAUGUACAAUGGUAAAAAGGACGUGAAGUUUUCAAAUCCUUCGAAUGUAAAUGAAUUAGACGCCGCUUUGACUGAAUUGGAUACUUUAUCAUCACGUGCUGCACCCCCUCGUCGAGAAUACUUAAAAGAAAAUAACCUAAAAAUGUUGAUUAAUACAAAAUAUGUCAGCAAUGUUUCAAUAGGAUUAAAAGUGCGGCAUGUAACGCCGACAAACCGUUACGCCCCUUAUAAUCUCCCGACGAAACAACGCGAAGAACGGCAUAGAACACGAUCGGAGAAUAACGACAGCAACGAUUCGCCGGGUACAAGUCUUGUUAAGGCGAUUAUCGAGAGUACCGUUGAUAACGUUGAUGAGAUCUCUCAAUUAAAAAAGGCUAAAUCCCUUGAGAGUAUUGUUGGGGAUGGGGGAAAAGUUGAUUUUGGUAAUUUUAGGUUGCCGGAAGUUGAGGUUGUUUCGAGUUGUAUCGAAAAGUUGAGAGUCGAUGAUGAACGGUAAAAGAAUUUCGGUUAAUUUUAAUUUUUUUUUAUGAAAUAAGUGUAAAAUUAAAAAAAAAAAAUAAUAACGUUAAAGAAGCACCAGAAGUGA